GUUCAUUUCUGCAGUAGCAGUUUGUAGCAAGGACUUUACCCCUGAAGUUGGUUACGUAUUAUUGAAGUUCACUCGGUCUUACACUUUAUAAGACACUAAUCCGCUAGAUUUUGGGACAGUUAUUUAACUAAAAGCACAAACUCGAAGACGUUAACAAAACUACAACUACAUUCCGUUUGAUUUGCGUUAAUGAAAUACGCUAUAACACUUCUCCGGACUAAAGCACAAACCCUCAGCAUGUCUUCUGCUGUUCACGAAAACGUGAAGAAUUAUUAUGGCUCUCGGCUGGAGACUUCAGAUGACUUGCAGACCAAUGCUGCGUGUGUCAUGCCCUCCAGACCUGUGGCCAAGAGUGCAUGUGAAGCCCUGAAACAAGUCCACCCGGAUGUUUGCAAGAGGUAUUUUGGCUGUGGCCUGGUGAUUCCAGAGAAGCUGGAAGGAUGUACGGUUCUUGAUCUGGGCAGUGGAUCGGGGAGGGACUGCUUCGUCCUGAGUAAACUGGUGGGGGAGAGUGGUCAAGUCAUUGGCCUGGAUAUGACGGACGAAAUGAUCAUUGCCUCACAAAAAUAUGUGCAGUACCAUCAGGAGAAGUUUGGAUACUCAAAACCAAACACGGUGUUUGUGAAAGGAUACAUGGAGAAACUCAGUGAUGCAGGGAUACGGAACAACUCUUUGGAUGUAGUUGUGUCAAAUUGUGUAAUAUGUCUGUGCCCAGAUAAGAGAACUGUGAUAAGUGAAGCUUACAAAGUUCUGAAGGAGGGUGGAGAGUUGUACUACAGUGACAUGUAUGCAAGCAAAGUAGUCCCAGACUCUUUCAAGGAAGAUCCGGUUCUGUGGGGUGAGGGAAUGGCUGGCGCCCUCUACUGGCGAGAUCUCAUCGCUCUGAUGAAGGACAUUGGCUUCAGCACUCCACACAUGGUUGCAGGCAGUCACAUUGUGGUUCACAACCCAGAGCUACAAAAAAAGACUGGUGAUGUUAAAUAUGCAUCUGGAACUUACCGGAUCUUUAAACUGCCUCAAAACUCCAUCAAGAGCAAAGCUCUGGUCACAUAUAAAGGGACUGUGCCUGACUGUGCUGACUGUUAUGAGUUUGAUGCCUCUCAUUCCUUCAAGACGAAUGUCCCAGUGGAGGUGGAUGCAGAGAUGGCCGCCAUCCUCAAGAACACGCGUUUCUCUACGGACUUCAAUAUUACGAUGUUAGACACUCCAGAUCCAAACCAGAGUGAAACUCCACAGUAUUGCCACCUUAGCCCGUUCCUUCUCGCAGAUAAACUGGGCUCUUCUGUCAAACAGUGCUCAAAGACAGGACACUAAGGUAAAUGUGGAGAGUCUGGUGGAUCAUGUGAUGUCUGGAUCACUUGAGAAAAUGUGCUGGGAAGUGAGAGUAUAUGGUGUCUGUAGUGCUCAAAUGAUCAUUCCAUAUGUUUUCUUUAGACUUGAGAAAGCUAUUUGUCCUGCUAAUUGUAAAUUGACUUUUAAAGAUGGUAAUCACAGUAACAGCAGUCUCAAUGACAAAACAAUAGUAAUAAUUAUUAAAAUAUUAAUUACAUUAAUAUGUGGCAACCAUGUGCAAAGUUACCCACUUUUUAUUCAAGAAAGAACUAAACCAAGAUCUUUGUCAAUGCAUUUGUAUUUUGAUUUUACUUGAUUUGUAUUUGACUUUACUUUUUUUGAUUGAACUUUAAGAUUUUAAUUUCAACAUUCUCUUUACUUUAUUUUUUGUGCUAUAGUUGUAAAAUGUAAAGCAAAUCAAAGAUAGUAAACCAACUGAAAGUAUUGUUUUCCAUUCUACAUAAAUUAUGGCAAUGCUGAUAUUGAUAUCGAUACACAAUCUCUCUAAUAAAUUUAUUUGGUAAAACUUUACAAUAAGGUUCAUUAGUUAAACAUUAGUUAAUGUGUUAACUAACAUGAACUAUCCAAAACCAAUACAUUUGUUACUGUAUUUACUAAUCUUUGUUAAUGUUAGUUAAUGAAAAUACAGUUGUUCAUUGUUUGUUCAUGUUAGUUCAUUAACUAAUGUUAACAAGAUUUUAAUAAUGUAUUAGUAAAUGUUGAGAUUAACAUUAACAAAGAUUAGUAAAUGCUGUAUAAGUGCAGUUCAUUAUUAGUUCAUGUUAACUAAUGUUGUUAACUAAUGUAGUUAACUAAUGAACCUUGUUGUAAAGUGUUACCAUUUAUUUUUACAUUUGUUAUUUUUGUCUAAAAAAAAAGUAAGUGUACUUGUUUACCAAGGAGACAACUGUGUCAGUGAAGUGAAUUCAUUAGAUGACAUACUGUAUGAGACAUUGAUUUUUUCCCCCCACAUAUCACAUGUAAAUAUCACUUGUGUACAGAAUAUUUUUAUUGUGCAUCAUUACAAUGAUGUAAUUGUAUCAAAUAUGCUAAAAGUGUGAAAAUAUUAUUUCAUUCUGUGUAUUUAGGUUGCAUAAAAUACUACCUUUGAAAUUAGCCGUAACAUACAGUUGGUUAAGAAGUUAUUUUAUUUAAAAAAUGUUUAAAAUGUCAUUUCCACCAUAAAUUUAUUGAUCAAAAUUAGUGCUGUCAAAUCGCUUAAUUGCGAUGAAUCGCAUCUAACAUAAAAGUUUGUGUUUACAUAAUAUAUGUGUGUGUAUGUAACCCCUCCUGUUUGAACCGCAUGCUCGAAGCAGGACUCGAACCCGGGACCACCGGCAUGGGAGUCGGCGCUCUAACAAGGAGGCUAAAGACCACAGUCUCUAACGUCAGUCGCUACACGCACAGCUCUUACCAGCCUACAUCCGUUACACUUAUAUAUAUUGUAUAUAUGUGUGUGUGUCUGUAUAUCACACAUAUAUUUAUACAUAUAUAUGUGUGUAUAUAUACAGAUACACACACACACUCACACACACAUAUUAUGUAAACAAACUUAUGUUAAACGGGAUUAAUCGCGAUUAAUCGAUUUGACAGCACUGAUCAAAAUACAUAAUUUGAGAUGUGGUGGAAACAAAUUUUUAUAUAAAAAAAGACAAAAUUAAUUAUUGUGAGUAUUGUGUUAGUAGAUUAAAAGAGUAUCUAAAGUGUG